ACUCGAAAUUAAAGGGGAAAUUCGUCAGCCACCUUAAAGAAUUUAUUGCAAAAACUAGUGGUAAUGCUUAAUUGUUUACUUGAAAAAAAUUUAAAAUUGUCUAUUAUUAUCCAUGAUGUAGAAUUAUUAUAGAAAGGAUCGAGACUACUAGUUUUUAUGCCAUUUGAUUCGGUGUUCUUUCUUCCAAUAUUCAUCAUGGCUUCCCCAGAGACUUCAUUGCUCCCUAUCGAUAUAAUAGAAGAAAUAUUCUGUAGGAUUCCGAUAGAAUAUUUGACACAAUUCAAAUUAACCUACUGCAAACAAUGGCACGGUCUCUUGAAGGACAAGAGAUUCAUCUACAAGUACUUGGAUCUUGUCCAAGAAAGAUUCAUAAGAAUCGACCAUACGGUUCAGAUCAUCAAUCCUGUACAAGGAGCUCGCUCAUCUUCACCAAUACCAGAAGAGUUUCAAAAUAUCUCCGAGAUUUCAACCACCGUUCAUUGCGAUGGAUUAUUAAUAUGUAGAUGCAAUGAAACAAGAACAAGAAGAUGCAAACUCGCGGUUUGGAACCCGUUCUUGAAACAUAUCAAAUGGAUCAAACCAUUGAGUUUUUACUCGGUUAAUGAUUUCUACGGUAUAGGAUACAACAAUGUAUCACGUGAUGAAUACAAAAUUCUAAGGAUCUUCGAAGGUGAGCUUGAAGAUGACGAGAUAGCAGUGAUUGGACCUUGUGAGCCAGUGAUUCAGAUAUAUGACUUCAAAACCAAUGCAUGGAGAAUAAUUGUUGAUGUUGCUACUUUGGAUUGGUCUAUUGAUCCACCAUGCAAAGGAGUUUCCAUAAAAGGAAACAUGUAUUGGGUCGCACAUUGGAACAAGAAACCCGAACUUUUCAUCCUAUGUUUUGAUUUCUCGACAGAAACAUUCAAAGUAUUAUGCAAUGUUCCGUUCCAAUGCAGUGUGUUAGAUACAGCGUCGUUGUCGAGUUUUAGAGGAGAUAGGCUUUCUUUGUUGCAUCAACGUGAAGAAACAACGAAGAUUGAAGUGUGGGUCACAAACACAUUGAAUGGUGAUGAUGUUGUCUCGUGGAAAAAGUACUUAAACGUGAUUAAUCCUGACCUCCCGACGUUACAUACCGAUCAUGAUCUCGCUCAUCCUAGCUACUUUGUUGACGAGAACGAUAGUAUCAUCGUGUGGUGCGAAGAUGUGAUGGGAGAUGAAACAGCAGAUGAUUAUGUUUGUGUUAGUGUUUACGAGAUUAGUAAAGAUGGGAUUGCUAAGAAAGUAGUUGAGACAGGGCGAUGUAAUUUGGGUAACUACGAUAGGCCUUUUGUAUGUGGACAUGUGUACCUUCCAAGUCUUGUUCCGGUUCCAGAAUAAAACUUGUAUAGUUGUAUGGGUUGUUUUGAUAUUUUAUGUUCUAACUUUUGUAUUGUUGUUGUUUUUGUUUCAUGAAAUGUUUAAAUAUGAAAUUCAAAUUUUUACUUUUACUAUAUACGAGGACCAUCCUCGUGUUUUUAUGUUAUGUUAACCACUCUCCAAACAAGUUCAUUUAUGUUUCAUGAAAUGUUUAAAUAUGAAAUUCAAAUUUUUACUUUUACUAUAUACGAGGACCAUCCUCGUGUUUUUAUGUUAUGUUAACCACUCUCCAAGAAAGUUCAUUUAUGUAUCUUCUCUAGUCACCAAUAAAGCAGAGACUAUAAGAAAGAUGAUCAACGGGAAACACGAACAUUAACAAAUCUCUGUUAAAAGUUUUAAAUAUGAGACUUUAUAGUUUAAUUAAAGUUUUAAUGAAACUUUUAUAACCCACACGUUUGCCAUAAAUAUGAAAUUGUAUGAGAAUCUUUUGAGGGUUUAGAAACUAGAAUCCUAUGGUUAUAAAACUCUCUUCCAAGUUGUCCUGUAAAUGAUACGUGGUCUGGUGUCUACACUCUCCCUUUCACCAUUAUCAGAUUCCACUCCAAAGGACAUUACCGGCAAACCAGGGUCAGAACCAGGUAGAGCUGGGAAUUUUAAUUAAUGCCCGCGGGCCCCGCCCCAUUUGACCCGCUGCGGGGCGGGUGCGGGUCGAAGAAUUUGAAAAUUUGCAAUGGCGGGUGCGGGUGCGGGUCAAGAUUAUUUUAAGCGGGGCGGGUGCGGGUCAGUCGAAUUUGAGUCGCGGGUACUCGUUAACCCGCAAAUUUAAGAAAAAAAGAUUUUUUUUUUAAAAAAAAUGUUUUUUUAUAAAAAAUAUAUUAAAUCUCGUAAAUAUUUAUAUAAUUUUAAUUAUUAAUAUAUUAUUUUAAUAUAAUUUUUUAAAAAUAAUAUUUUUUAACUAUAUAAUAAUUAUUUUUAAUUAAAAUAAUUAUUUUUAAUAUAAUUAAUAUUACCCGCGGGUUAAGCGGGUUACCCGCGGGUUUUUGCGGGGCGGGUGCGGGUAGAAAUUUUUUUGUUUGUGAGUUAUGCGGGUCGAUUUUUUGAAUCAAAAAAAUGAUUCAACCCGCAGCGGGGCGGGACGGGUCGGGGUGGGUUGACCCGCAAACCCAGCACUAGAACCAGGUCUGGAUAAGCGAGUUAGCUCAGACAUCAGCCUGGUUCCUGCGAACUGGCCUUUGGGUUUGCCCAUAAGGAUUAAUAUUGGACAGAAACAACAUGAACUUAGAGAACUGGAAGCUGUCUAGCCAACGAACUCCAGUCAGAAUCUAUCAAUCCUCAGAAACUGAGAG